UAGACCACGGCGCGAGUAGGUCAUCAAGUGAACUUUCCGACAGUGAGUGAAGUGCCUUGAUUCGGCUAAUUUGAGUUCUAAAGAUUCAACACAUUGUAGAGAUGCGAUUUUUGGUAGUUUUGAUUCUCCUGAUAGCCGGAACGCUUGCUCGGCCGGGCCGUUUCGGUAAAGAUUGGGAUCACUCCCAACAGGAAGCCAAGUGUGGUUAUGAGUCAUGCCCAGUGGCAAAAAGAGACAUGCUGAAUCUUCAUCUGGUCCCACACACUCACGACGAUGUCGGCUGGCUGAAAACGGUGGAUCAAUACUAUUACGGAAGCAGAACCAGUAUUCAGCGAGCCGGAGUCCAAUACAUUCUGGACUCGGUGAUUGAAGCUCUACUGCACAAUCCCGAGCGUAAGUUCAUCUACGUCGAGUCGGCAUUCUUCUUCAAAUGGUGGAACGAACAAACGUCGGAACUGCAAGAUGCGGUUAAGGAAUUGGUUCAACAGGGUCGUCUGGAGUUUAUCAACGGUGCUUGGAGCAUGAACGAUGAGGCGGCUUCCCACUACCAGAGUUUGAUCGAUCAGUAUACGUGGGGAUUGGGAUUACUGAACGAUACCUUCGGAGAGUGUGGACGACCCCGUGCCGGAUGGCAAAUUGAUCCGUUUGGACAUUCGCGAGAACAGGCCUCACUGUUGGCCCAGAUGGGAUACGAUGGAUUAUUUUUCGCCCGUCUAGAUUACGCGGAUAGGGCGAAACGGGAAGCAAACAAAGAUACGGAGCUGAUUUGGAAGUCUAGCGUCAAUCUCGAUGACAGUGAACUGUUCACCACGAUUCUGUACACGCUGUAUCAAGCACCGCCAGGGUUCUGCUUUGACGUGCUCUGUUCCGAUGAACCGUUCAUUGAUGGACCGAACAGUGCGGAGAAUAAUGUCGAUGCUAGGAUUGAUGCUUUCCUCGAGUGGGUUUACGGAAUGGCAGAAAAGUAUCGUUCAAAUAAUUUGAUUCUUACCAUGGGAGGCGAUUUCACCUACCAGGAUGCCGGAAUGUACUUCAAAAACAUUGAUAAAUUGAUUAAAUACACCAACGCGCGUCAACAACAUGGAGUUAAGAUCAAUGCUUUCUACUCGACUCCAACGUGCUACCUAAAGGCUCUACACGAUGCGGAACUUACCUGGCCAACCAAAUCCGAUGAUUUCUUCCCGUACGCUUCGGAUCCGAAUACCUACUGGACCGGUUACUUCACUUCCCGGCCGACCUCGAAACGAUUCGAACGAGUCGGUAACCAUCUCCUGCAGGUAUGCAAACAAUUGACGGCUCUGUCACCUGCAACCCGUUCGAGUUACUUCCAAAACCGGUUGACCGUGUUGCGGGAUGCGAUUGGAGUUAUGCAACAUCACGAUGCGAUCACCGGCACCGAAAAGCAGCACGUGGCCGACGAUUACGCACGGAUGCUCCAUACAGCGUUCGAAGCCUGCGGGGAGAACACCAAUGAGGCGUUGCGGGACUUGACGAAGGCACCGUCCGAUAUAAAGUUCGAGUCCUGCCAUCUUCUGAACAUAAGCCAGUGUGCGAUAACCGAAUCGAAAGAAUCUUUUGUAGUCACACUGUACAAUCCUUUGGGACAUUCCACCUAUCAGUAUGUGAGGUUGCCGGUGAACGGUAACAACUACGUGGUACGAAACUCCCAGGGAUUCGAACUCCCUACUCAAAUGAUCCCACUGCCCGAUACCGUAUUUAAUCUGAACUCACGCGAAAGCAUUGCGAAUCAGGAACUCGUAUUCCUAGCGGAUCAAAUUCCACCAAUGGGAUUCACAUCUUUCUACGUGACGGAAGCGUACGAUUCGCAAGCCCGCAAAGACACCGAGCCACUUCCGAAGCAGGAGGUGACUAGCAUCGGAAACAAGUACCUGUCACUUUAUUUCAAUAACAACGGUUUGCUUAAUAUGAUAAACAUCAACGGAGAGAGUCACUGGUUGCAGCAGGAUUUCCUCUACUACGAGGGAGCUCUCGGAAACAAUGCGGAAGCGAAGAACCGAUCUUCCGGAGCGUACAUUUUCCGACCGAAUGGAACAGAGAAACUAGUGUCAGCAUCCGUGCAGUUGCGGGUGUACAAAGGGGAUCAUGUUCAGGAGGUCCAUCAGGUGUUCAACGACUGGGUCAGUCAAGUGAUUCGAGUAUACGAAGACGAACAGCACGUGGAGUUCGAGUGGUUGGUUGGACCGAUUCCGAUCGAAGAUGAAAUUGGAAAAGAGAUUGUAACUCGGUACCAAUCGGAUAUCGUUUCCAAAGGUGUGUUCUGGACCGAUGCCAACGGUCGUGAGAUGAUCAAGCGAGUACGAAACCAUCGCGACACUUGGGACUUGGAACUGAACGAACCGGUUUCCGCAAAUUACUAUCCGGUAACGGCAAAGAUUGCACUGGAGGACGAAUAUAAGCGGAUGGCAGUUUUGAAUGAUCGUGCCCAGGGUGGAACUAGUCUGCAAGAUGGAGUGUUGGAAUUGAUGUUGCAUCGUAGACUGCUGAAAGAUGAUGCGUUUGGAGUCGGUGAAGCCCUGAAUGAAACCGCCUACGGGACGGGUUUGAUUGCCCGCGGUAAACACUAUCUGAUGUUUGGCCCGAAGGCUUCCCAAUCUGUGGCGAAGGAACGAUUCUUGCAAAAUCAAGUGCUUACACCGGCUUGGAUGUUCCUCAGCGAUGCCACCGAUCAUUCAUUUGGUGAGUGGCAGUCAACUUUCAAAACUGCGUUUUCCGUCUUACCUUCGUCACUUCCGGCAAACGUAAACUUGCUAACAUUCGAACCGUGGAAACAACCGUUCACUUACCUGGUGCGUUUCGAACACCUCCUCGAGAGAUCGGAAGAUCCUCUGUACUCGGCACCCAUAACCAUCAACUUGGAGUACGUGUUCUCGAAAUUUAACAUCUACAGCGUUCGUGAAACGACUCUCGGUGGAAAUCAAUGGCGAGAGGACAAAUCACGGAUACACUUCUUCUCAAACUCGGUACCGACGGCCCAAGAACCAGUGGAAGACAAAUCCAAUCUACUGAUCGACGGAUAUCAGGUUACACUAGGACCGAUGGAAAUUCGGACUUUCGUAAUGGAAAUGAGCUUCAACUUUUAGUCUAAGUGAUUUAUCAAUCCUUUAAACCGAUAUAAUAAAGCUUAUCAAAUAUUCAAA